AUGUCGAGAAGAUAGAUCCAAGCAGCCCCAAUGAUUUCCUCCGAGAAAUUCACUACCGAGCGCGCCAUCCUCUACCAAAGUCCGCUUUGGAUGGCCGCAGUCGGUUGGGUCAUGCUGACGGGUCAACUAGCGCACUGGGGGGAUUUUGAGCUGCUGCUCUUCUCGUCGGCAGUGUCCAUGCCGGCCGUUAUCUAUCCCUCCUACAUGGUGCGGAGAGACUGCCCAUCGACGCGCAAGCAGCCCCUGUAUCAGCAGUACUGGUUCAAGCUCAACUUGUGGGUCUUUGUUGUCGUCUGCUGGGGCACCUACUUUGGCACGCACUACUUCUUCAACCUCAUGGGCAUGCGCUACAACUUUGCCAACACCAAACUGACCCUCGACUCACCCAUCCUGGCCGCCGGCAACAAGGGGCAAAAGGUGCCGCUGUUCAUGUAUCCUCUGACCCAUGCCUACUUCAUGACGUACUUUGUUGUCAUGCUCAAAGCAGAACGACUGGUCCGAGACUUCAUGCUGCCUCCAUCGGUACGGGACACGAUCGUUGGCAAAGGCCUUGUCGUGCUUACCGUGUCGUACUCGACGGCAUACCUCGAGACCUUUUUCAUGGCUGCCGAGGUCUUGUCCGAGUACUUUCACUACCUCGACAGGGCGAGAAUGCUGCGCUUGGGCUCGCUGGGCUACGCCAUGUAUUUUAUUGCCGGCUUGCCGAUGGUGAAGCGGAUCGAUGCAAACGGCAAGCGCUGGGACUUGGGGAAGACUUUGAUGGAAGCUGCUGCAACUUGCAUGGCGAUACAGGUGCUGAUGGAGGUAUGGGCCAAGGUUGCUGGGCCUCUUUGAGAUGUGAGCGUGUACUACGGCCGAGAUGAUUGACGAAUGCACAAGGUUUGAACCAAGAAAAGAAAGAGAAAAAAAAAGAAAAGAAAAUUGACAUAUAUAUGUAUACUUUGAUUUGUAUUAAAUUAGGUGAG